AAAUUUUGAAUGAGCGAAAGCAUUCGGACAAAGGGCGCCCAAAAAGCUCGCAAUCGCAUCUCUCUUUCACACAGCAUCACACUGCCACUCGAGCUCAUUUAUGCAUUUAUGUUUUCUCUUUCCAUAUUCAGAUUUAGCACAAGACCUCGAAUUUCUUGACCCAAAUUAUUUCAUCCAUUUUUUAUAUUCAAAUUCUAGGCGUCUUAUUACAAAUCCCAUAACAGGAAAAGCUUGGGUAUUUUUUAAAAUUUCUUCUCCUAUCUGUAUCUGAAGCUCAGCAACAACAAGAACGAGAAGCAAGGGCACGGAGAACAAGCUAAUUCUUGAUAUCAAGUUCUGUAAAAUGGGACGAAACCUAAGCCCAGUACUGCGCCGGGAGCUCGAAAAUCUUGACAAGGAUUCUGAUAGUAGAAAAUCGGCAUUGAAAGCUUUGAAGUCAUACGUGAAGGACUUGGACUCGAAAGCAAUACCCAUCUUUCUUGCUCAUGUAUCUGAAACAAAGCAAACUGGAGUAUCACCCGGAGAGCAUACAAUUUCUCUGUACGAGGUUCUUGCUCGAGUUCACGGGCCAAAAAUCAUCCCCCAAAUAGAUAACAUCAUGAACACUAUCGUCAAGACAUUAUCCUCGAGUGCGGGAGCUUUUGCUCUUCACCAGGCUUGCUCAAAGGUUGUUCCAGCUAUAGCAAGGUAUGCAAUUGACCCCACAACAGCAGACGAUCGAAAGAGACACAUUAUUCACUCUCUGUGUAAGCCCCUUUCAGACUGUCUUCUGAGUAGCCAAGAAAAUCUGUCUUCCGGUGCUGCCCUUUGUUUACAAGCACUUGUCGAGUCUGAUAAUUGGCGAUUUUCUUCGAACGAAAUGAUUAACGAGGUAUGCCAAAGGGUAGCAGGGGCUUUAGAGAUGCAUUCGCAAACAAAUUCCCAUAUGGCUUUGGUCACGGCUUUGGCCAAACACAAUAGUUUGAUUGUUGAAGCCUAUGCUCGACUUUUGAUACAGUCUGGACUGCGGAUUUUGGAUGCCGGUUUUGCAGAGGCGAAUUCUCAAAAACAGCUGUCGGCCAUUCAUAUGGUGAGUUCACUAAUGAGAUGUUUGGACCCGAAAAGUCUCUUGUCUGAAAUGGAAUUUGUUAUUAAGGAAAUGGAGAAGUGUCAGUUUGACCGAAUGCCGUUUGUUACUGGAGCUGCUUUUGAAGCACUGCAAAUUGCAAAGAAAAUAUGUGCCGGAAGGAGGAAUAUUUGUUGUUCGGGGGAUCAAUCGCCUUUUACUUCAUCGCCUGAGUCGCGAACCGUUGACUCGUUUAUUGAGUGUGAUUACUUUAUCGAGUCGCCUAAGUCGAUUAAUGAGGGGCAUCAAAGUUGUUCUUAUGGCUGUAGGACUGUGAACCGUAGACUUUGGCAAAGGUCUGGCAAUGGACUUUUGGAUGUAUCUCUCAAAGACGGCAUAUUCUCAGGUUUAACUCAAGGAAUUGACAAUACGAGCUCUGAGUGUGAUGGCCUUUCUUCUCCAAGGAGCGAAGAUUAUGUUGGGAACUUUUCAGGUUUUGUUCUUGGGAGUGCUGAAACUCCAAGUCCACAGCGCUCAAACAGAAUGGCUUCGAACCGUGAGAAUGGUGGAGGCAGAUUAUUUUCUGAAGAACACCAUGGCCAAUCAGAAUCUGUUUCUUCCACAGGAGAUGAAGUAGUUCCAGAAAAUAAAGCUCGAUUUUGUCACAUCUCCGCACGUAGCAUUAUUUACAGUCUUUUUGCUGUUCUGUUGGCACUACUUUUUUGUUUGUUGGCAAUAGGUAAUCAGGAUGAUCGGGAUAAUAUUCUUGUUCCGACUUAGAUGUUUGUUCCGCUCGUGUUAUUCUUGAUCUUUGCUAAGCAUUUUAGGAAUAUAAGGACAGUGUCUUUAUGUUUGUUCUGCACUUUGUAAUAUGUAUCUUAGUACUUUGGAGAUUGGUGGCCAGUCAUUUUGCAUCCUGUAGGAAUCCAUUAUUGAAGCACAAAUUGCCAUUUUCUGUUUUCUCAUGAAUAUCUGACUGAAAAGAUCUAUCAGAAAAAUUGUAGCAUUAAUUUUUCUCUACAAGAUUUAUCAGGGGAUACCACUUUCA